AUGAAGACCGGUGCCUUUCUCUUGGUCACAGCAGUCAGCGCUGUUCUCACUGCACCAACCGAACCCGCCUUAGUCGCCAGAACAGACGCCGCCGCGGACACUCCAGGCAUUUCAGCUGGGUCGGCAUCAGCACCGGAUAUGCCUAUCAUACGACCAGGAGCACAGAACAGCAACGACAACAACGACAACCAACCAAGCGACACCCCCGGCAUAACCUCCCACCCGGGAAACGGCAGAUUCCCCCCUUUCACGCGCCCCCGACCAACCCCCGGAGGAGAAGAAGAAGGAGGACCAAGCAACAACUCCCCAUCCCGAGGCCCCUACUAUCGCGGUCCCACACCAGCAGGAAACAGCAACAACCGCCGUCCCACACAAGGAGGAGGAGGAGGAGAAGCACCAAGCGCGAAUCGUGCUCCGACGCGACAAGGGGGAGCACCAAGCGCUAAUCGUGCUCCUACAAGACAAGGAGGCGGAACUCAGUCCGGGGCUACGGCUCCUGCUAAUGAGGCUGUUCCGGAAAAUUCACCUCCGAGACAGACUGGAGGGAGUGGGAGUGGGAGUGGUGGUCAGCCUAGUGCGGGGGUUCCUGGAAUUGGACCUGUUGUUGGGGGAAGUGGGGGUGGGGAGGUGAUGUAG